GUUCCCGCCCGGCCGCGCUGUUCUGUGUAUUAAAACACACGUCUUCCUGAACUGCAUUCAAACAGUUUGUAGCCAAUCACAGCGCAGAACGUCAACAGCGCUGCUAUUUGAAAGCUUUGCGGAAACAGGCUAACAACCGAUAAUCAGACGAGUGAAACUUGUGAUUUUUAAUUAAUUUAGGGUUUAUUUAAAAUGUGGGAUGAUCAGUAAUUUCACUUUGAGAGGCAAAUAUGCAUCGUUUUUUUUUUUUUUUUAGGCCUUACUGAAUGUGAUUUGCUCGUUAGCUGAGUGGAGCCUGAAGCUAGCUUCAGCGUUAGCCCCUUUUUUCCUGUUUAGCUCUCGAGUUUUUUUUUUCUUCUCCUUUUAACCGCUUGGAGGUUUUGUAUUUGAUUUUGGAUGUGGGUUUGUGUUUAGAGAAAAAUGAUCGGUGUGAUUUUGGAUUAGCUUCAGCAGCGUUUUUUAACGUUAAUGAUAGAGUGCAGACUGCUGUCAGGAAUAAAGAUGAAGAUCGUAGAAAGAAACGUGAUGCGUUUGGUGGCUGUACAACAGCUUCGGGCAAGUUACGGCAUCAAGACAAAGAACUGGAACAAAAACAAAGCAGCCAGCAGCAAGACGACCGCCAACACCCCGGCAAAGGUGUUUGGUGUACCACUGGAGACUUUGCCACAGUAUCAUAUGGACUGUGGCAGCGUGCCACGCUUUCUGGUUGACGCGUGCAUGAACCUGCUGGCACACGUGGACACCGAGGGCCUGUUCAGGAAGUCAGGCUCCGUCGUGCGUCUGAAAGGGCUCCGGGCCAAACUGGAUUUGGGUGAGGAGUGUCUGUCCCGGGCACUCCCCUGUGAUGUGGCCAGUUUGGUGAAACAGUUCUUCAGGGAGCUUCCAGAGCCAGUUCUUCCUGCAGAGCUGCAGGAGGCCUUUCUUAAGGCCCAGCAGCUCGCGGCCGAGGAGGAGAGGACCGCCGCCACCAUGCUGCUGUCCUGUGUACUGCCUGACUUAAACCUAAGCACCCUGUCUCACUUCUUUCAGUUCCUCCACAGUGUUUCUAAGAGGAGUGCAAUGAAUAAAAUGGACAGCAGUAACUUGUCUGUAAUUUUGGCUCCGAACCUCCUUCACUGCUUCGAUGCUGCAGAGAAGAUGAACGCUGCCACAGAGAAACGCCUCCGGCUGCAGGCAGCAGUGAUCCACCGCCUUAUUGAGAACGCCCACCACUUCGGCAUCCUACCCCCUUUUCUGAGGGAAAAGGUUCUGGCCAUGAUGGGCCGUGAAGUUGGAGAUCCUUCUCCCACCACCUACCAGGACCCUGAAGAACUGGACCAGAGCUCGGGGACAACCAGGAGACGCAGGCGCAGCUUCGGAGAUGUGGUCAAUGUUGCUCUGAAUAAAAUAAAAACCAACAGAACGCCCACAAAUGGCUCACAGUCAGACUGUGCGGCAUUUUCCUCUGCGACUCCUGUGAUUGCAACGCCAACCUUGAAGCGAAAACUUCCUUUGGAUUCCGGACCCACAUUUGGAUUUUCCAGCAAGAAACGCAGAUCUGUGAAAAAGAAUUUGGGAAUAGAAUUACUUCCUAAUAUUCUGUUCAGUGGGAACUCCACUCCUGGAUCAGCCUACAGUGCUUCAGAAGUCUUGGAGUCCCAGAAUGCACCAGUGUCAGUGGGCAGAUCAAGAAGGCAGUCGGCUACAUCUGUAAGGAAGAAGAGCCGACGACUGGGCAGCAGACAUGUGAUCAACAGAGUUGAAUCUGGACGAGCUGGCUGCUUUUCUCCGAAAGUUAACAAGAAAGAAGCUCCUCGUAAAUCUCUGCGCCUGCGGUUCAGCGUGGGGAAGAGCAGCAAAGACACCGGAUCAGAGUCCAUUGGCAGGCGACUUGCCACUCAGGAGAGCACCGCCACCUUUACUUUCACCAAUGACGCAAACUUCAGUCCAUCAGAUCCGCAGAGAAAAUGCUCCAAGUACAUCAGUAAGUCUGAAAACGACUUGCUGACUCCCCAGCAUGGCUCCAGCGCCCACCGGGUCUCCUGGAGUGGGACGACCCCUGAAGGAGUCCAGGCUUUCAGUGGGGGGUCUUUCACAGAUACACCGAUGACCAGACCGCUGAAGAGCAGCUACCUCUCUGAGCCUGCCAUCGUUGUAUCCAAGCCCCCAACGGCGUCCAGCCUUCCCAUGAAGCUUUGCUGUGCGUCCAGUGCUGAGAGCCUGGAGUGCUCUGCCUCUGAAGCACAGAACCAAAUCAGUCAGCCGAUGAACCUGAAGGCUCAUACUGAAGCUGGCGAUGACCUUCCAGGUGUAAAGACCACUAAACCAGCAGACAGAGUUACUUCAGCAGAAACACCCGCAGUCAGACCCCUGUCUGGGGAGGCCUUCAGGGUUCUGGCUGCUGAACAGAACAUUACCUUUAGUCACUUUGAUGUUGCUGUGUUGUCACCAUUGCACAUCAACAGCACCGUUUUUGACUCUGUCUGUUGUAGUCCAGUAAAAGCUACGAAUGACACAGACAACAGUUCAUUGGAAGAAAGCGAUCAAGACUCUGAGCAAAUGAGCUGCAGCAGAUUAAUUGAUGCUCUGGACAUCCAGAGUCCGGCUCACUUCAAAAUGGGGGUCUCCUCUGGGCUGCAGUCCACUCCGUAUAAACCAGUUUCUAAACUCUGUAAUCUGCUUCCUACACCUCCUGAAGCUAGCAUGCUACAUGCUUCAGAUGAACUUGAUACUAAAGUCCAAACCCAGGAGACCAUCGCACCACACCGCUUACAAACUCAAAAACUAAGGGUGGCGGAUCAUAUCCAGCACUUCAACAAGUUGACUCUCCGAUCUCCCCAAACCUCAGAGGCCAAACUCAUCCGGCCACCACUCAAGUUCGAGCGCACCCCUGUGCGCCAGACUGUGUGCAGGAUCAACUCUCUGAUGGGAGACAACAGGAGACCAACUAAGAACACAGAGCCCACAGCUAUUCAAAAAGUGGUCAAAACUGUGAGCCUGGAGAGCGGCCUGUCACCGCGGCUGUCGAGCGGCAUAAAGAAACCGCCUCCUGUCCCACCAAAAAAAUGUAAUACCUUGACCCGAAAAGCUUCUGUCUUGGGCGACGUAACCAACAAAGUCUCACCAAAAACCAAAGUAGAUUCUGGUGCGUUUGCUCCUUUGGGAGCUCGGAAGGCACAGCAGGUGGCUCAGUACUACAGAGGCUCUCCGAGGAACCCUCUGCACCAGGGACGACUCCUAUCAGCCACCAAACCUGUUAACUUGUAGGAGCUGUUGCUUUCUGUCUGCUGUGGCUGAGAUGUGGUUGCUUAUAUUUGUAUUUCAGGGCUUAAUUUAUUGUUUUUCUGCAGUUGAUGAUUUCAGGACUUUAACAUCAGACGUUUUUAUGCCUUAAACAUUUGACUGAAGAGCAACAACUCCUCAACGUUUAAUGUCAGACCUCCCUACAAUAAACUGCCUUCAUUUUUAAUCCUGCUGUUAUGUCCUGUACAUUUCUUUUUCUAAAAUGAUAGUCAAGGCAGUUUUUGUGGAAAUGUAUUAUGUUAGUCCGUGUACGGAGAGUUUUUCCCGACAUUUUUGUCCACCUCAGAAAAUUUACGAAUCGAAGCUCAGAAGUUUCACAAACUUUUUCCAGAGUAACGCAGUACAUCUCCUGAUCUGUUUUUCGUGUGCAAGUUUAGUGUUAGUUUUAAAGAAACUGAAACUCACUGUAUAACAACCAAGACAAAGUUGGAGGGUUUUUUUUUUUUUUUUUUUUUUUUUUUUUUGAGUGAC